GAACAACAUUUAAAAUGUUAAAGGCGGUUUUAAAGAAGAGCCGAGAGGGUGGAAAGGAGAACAAGAAAGACUCAGCAGGUGACUCCUGCCCAGAGAACGCUCUGCGCUUAGCCACAUCUGGCCGCAGUGCCGAUCUCCCCAGCGGCACUCAGACAGUCCCUGAGGACGCCUGUAGAAUGAACCUGGCUAAAGGGGUAUCCAUGUCACUGCCGUCGUCGCCUCUGCUGCCACGCCAGUCCUACUUGAUGCAGGCACGAUCAAACAAAAGGUCUCCAGGUCCAGUCAGGAAGCCCAAGUACGUGGAGAGUCCUCGAGUGCGUGAGGCAGCUCAACCACUGAGAAAGGGAUUGGAGCAAGGAGACCCUGCUCUGAACGGUAAGGACCUGGACUCGAGCUGUUCUCCUGCGGCACAAGAAUUGAUGACCAAGAUUGGGUUUUUUACUGGGAGAAGGGAUCCCGACUUUGCUCAUAUAGAAGAGAAAUCUGCGUUGCAGUGUGCAGUAGCCAUCCAAGGAGUGAGCCCGUGUUCCACCCUCACGAGCAGCACCACAUCGCCCAGCACUGACAGUCCCUGCUCCACACUCAACAGCUGCCUUGCAAAGCAGCGGCAGCAAAGGCAGUCCUGUGGCACCAUCAGCAGCCCCAGCUCCACUCUGGAGAGCAAGGAUUCCUCUCUUCCAGCAACCAUAACAAGUUCAUCAGAAAAUGAUGACCGUAGUGCGUCCAGUUUGGAGUGGAGCAAGGACGGGAGUCUCAGAGCUGGAAGACACCAAGGGAUCAGUCACGACCGAAGAACAGAUAACUGCUUCCCCAGUGGCAGAGGAGGAAGCUGUGGCUGUGCCGAGAACUUGCCAAAAGAAGCACCGACAGGAGAGGGGCCCCUUCCAUACACUCAGGGUUCCGGCUCUUUAGUAAUGCCUCGCCCUAACUCCGUUGCAGCUACAAGUUCAACCAAACUGGAAGAUCUGAGUUAUUUGGAUGGACAAAGAAGUACUCCGCUACGCACCUCAAUUCGCUUACCCUGGCACAACACCGCUGGCGGCAGAGUGCAACAGGAAAGUAAAGCUCGCUUUGUCCCCUACAAGGCCUCAAGACAUUUGCUGAAGCCUCUCUUGUUCGAAGUACCGAGCAUAACAACAGACUCGGUGUUCAUUGGGAGGGAAUGGCUCUUUGAGGUGACUGAAGAAAAACUAACGGAUACUGAUUCAACGGAGACGAGGGGAGUGGUCAUCACUGGGAAUGUGGGAUUUGGGAAGACCGCCAUCAUUUCACGGCUGGUGGCACUCAGCUGCCAUGGGAGUCGCAUGAGGCAAAUAGCUUCAAACAGCCCCAACUCGUCCCCCAAAGGUGGUGACCCCUGUCCGGAGAUUCCUUUAAGCCAGGUACCCCCAUCCGCUUCUCCAGCAAGUGGCACCAACGCAGGGAAAACUCUGAAUUGUCCUGCCACUCCCAAGUACCAGAAUCAGGCAGGUGAUGCUGUGAGGCGCCUUGCGGUCAAAGGUGAGGUCGCUGCUUAUCACUACUGCCAAGCUGACAACACGUACACGUGCCUCGUCCCUGAAUUCGUGCACAGCAUUGCAGCCUUGCUUUGCCGGUGUCAGUUAACAGCAUACAGAGAUCUUCUGAUAAGAGAGCCUCACCUGCAGAGCAUGCUCAGCCUGAGAUCCUGCGUCCAGGAUCCAGCAGUGGCUUUUAAAAGGGGAGUGUUGGAACCGCUUUCAAACCUCAGGAAAGAGCAGAAAAUUCCUGAGGAAGACUACAUAAUUUUGAUAGAUGGCUUAAAUGAUGCUGAAUUUCAUAAACCUGAUUAUGGCGAGACCCUUUCUUCAUUUCUCUCAAGCGUGAUCUGUAAGUUUCCUCCUUGGCUGAAGCUCAUUGUGACUGUAAGAACCAACCUCCAGGAAAUAGCAAGUUCACUGCCCUUUUUCAGAAUAUCCCUGGACAAUUUUCCAGACAACAAAGAAAUCUAUGACGAUUUGAAUGCUUAUAUUCAGUACAGAAUUAAUAACAGCCAGGAAAUUCUAAACAACAUCUCUUUAAAUGGAAAAGCUGAUGCGGCUGUUGUUGGGAAAGUGAGUAACCACCUGAUCAUGAGGAGCCUGGUCUAUCUCUAUUUGAAACUCACUCUGGAUCUUUUCCAAAAAGGUCACUUAGUAAUCAAAAGUGCAAGCUACAAGGUUGUUCCCGUGUCUCUGUCAGAACUGUACUUACUGCAGUGCAAUAUGAAGUUCAUGACAAACUCUGCUUUCGAGCGAGCCCUGCCGAUAUUAAAUGUGGCCCUGGCAUCCCUGCAUCCCAUGACAGAUGACCAGAUUUUCCAAGCUGUUAACGCAGGCCAAAUAAGCGGCGAACAGCAAUGGGAAGAUUUCACCCAACGGAUGGAGGCCCUUUCGUGUUUCCUGAUAAAAAGACGCGACAAAACACGGAUGUUCUGCCAUCCCUCCUUCAGGGAGUGGCUCAUAUGGAGAGCGGAUGGUGAAAAUACCGACUUCUUGUGUGAGCCAAGGAAUGGACAUGCUCUGCUGGCUUUCAUGUUUUCUCGACAAGAGGGGAAGUUAAACCGCCAACAGACGAUGGAACUUGGUCAUCAUAUACUGAAAGCUCACAUUUUUAAGGGUCUCAGUAAAAGGACUGGAAUUUCUUCCAGUCACCUGCAAGCCCUGUGGAUUGGUUAUAGUACGGAUGGACUGUCUGCAGCCCUGGCUUCUCUGCGGAACAUCUACACGCCCAAUGUGAAGGUGAGUCGGCUGCUGAUGUUGGCAGGAGCCAAUGUGAAUUACAGGACUGAAGUGCUCAAUAAUGCACCAGUUCUGUGUGUCCAGUCGCACCUUGGACAUGAAGAAGUGGUCACUCUUCUACUGGAAUUUGGAGCUGCUAUUGAUGGAACUUCAGAAAACGGGAUGACGGCACAGUACGCAGCAGCCGCUGGUCACAUGAGCAUAGUUUCACUGCUCUGCAAGAAAGGUGCAAAGGCUGACUCUGUGGACAAGAAGGGCCAGUGUGCUUUGGUGCACAGUGCACUGAGAGGGCACUGUGAGAUCCUUGAAUACUUGCUCAAUGUUGUUUGGAUAACGCCUUCCCAGGAACAAAACUCACUGAGAAAAAGCCAGGCACUGCAACAAGCUCUCACAGCAGCUUCCAGCAUGGGACACUGUCAGGUGGUUUGCUACAUCUUGGCGAUGGAGAAGGACCACGGCGUAGACAUCAACGGCAAUGAUGCCUUGUGGGGAGAGACAGCCCUGACAGCUGCUGCAGGACGAGGAAAGCUGGAGGUCUGCGAAUUCCUUCUUGACCAUGGAGCAGCUGUGACGAGAGCCAAUCGGAGGGGGAUUCCUCCACUUUUCUGCGCUGUCCGGCAGGGGCACUGGCAGAUCGCCAAGCUUCUAGUGGAGCACGGAUCUGAUGUGAAUGUAAGUGACAAGCAAGGCCGAACUCCACUUAUGGUGGCUUCUUGUGAAGGACAUCUGAGCACGGUGGAAUUUCUGCUUUCUGAAGGUGCUGCUAUGUCAUCUUUGGACAAGGAGGGGCUGACGGCUUUGAGCUGGGCCUGUCUGAAAGGCCACAGGGAAGUGGUGCAGUAUUUAGUUGAGAAAGGUGCAGCAACUGAUCAGACAGAAAACGGACGAACACCCCUAGACCUGGCAGCCUUUUACGGUGACGCUGACAUUGUACAGUAUUUGGUAGAGAAAGGAGCAACGAUUGAGCAUGUUGACCACAGUGGGAUGCGGCCCCUUGACAGAGCCAUUGGGUGCCGGAACACGUCAGUUGUGGUUAUGCUGCUGAGAAAAGGAGCCAAAUUAGGAAAUGCAGCAUGGGCAAUGGCCACCUCAAAACCGGAUAUCCUCCUUAUUCUGCUGCAGAAACUGAUGGAAGAAGGAAAUGUUCUGUACAAAAAAGGCAAGAUGAAGGAAGCAGCCCAGCGCUACCAGUACGCCUUGAGGAAGUUUCCGAGGGAAGGAUUUGGAGAAGAAAUGAAAGCCUUCAAUGAGCUGAGAGUUUCACUGUACCUAAAUCUGUCUCGAUGUCGCCGGAAAACAAACGACUUUGGAAUGGCCGAGGAGUUUGCUACCAAAGCCCUGGAUCUGAAACCCAAGUCCUAUGAAGCCUAUUAUGCUCGAGCGAGAGCCAAGAGGAACAGCAGAAAGCUACUGGCUGCUCUUGCUGACUUACGUGAGGCCGCACAGCUGUGUCCCAGCAACCCAGAGAUCAAACGGCUUCUGGCUCGCGUGGAGGAGGAAUGCCGACAGUUCCAGAGAGCACAGCAGCAGAAGCAGCAGUCUCCACAGCCACCACCACAGGGUAACAGCUCUGAUCAGGAGGAGGAGGGCAUCGCACAAGGUGCGAACGAGGACUUCAAUCUUCAAGACGGGGAGGACGAACGGCCACACCCCGAUGAAUCAGUUUCCUCUCCACAAAGGCCACGGUGUUCCCUGGCUGCUGCCCCAUACAGCAGGACCCUUCAAGAUGGGGUUCAGCAGAAAGCCAGACCUGCCUCCCCUCAGAUCAGAGCAGGCAGUAAAUACUUGCGAGAGCCAGGCUUGAUUGUGCAGCCAACAAAGCAGGCGCAGAUUGUAAAAACCAACCAGCACCUGAGCUCCAUCCAGCCUGGAUCCAGAGUGGGAAGUAGUCAGUGUAAUACAAAGACACAAUCAUCUUUCCAGCAUCUUCCCCAAAGCCCUCUGCCAGUCCGGCACUCCAGAAUUCAGCACUUGGGUGGAACAAGCACAUUAUCUGGAAGCACUUCCACAGGCCCUGGUUCUGAGCUGUACGACGAGAAGUCUCAGAGUUCCCAUUCACAGCAGAAUGAGAAUGUUUCUUUCCAUUCUUUUCCAAGUCAGUCUAAAGCUGCAGGGAAUUUCAGUGAAGUGAGGCAACAAAGUCCUGUAACCAGUGGCAUCUCCACCAGUUCUCCAUCCAGCACCAUGAUUCCUGCCAGCUCAACCGGCAGCUUAACUCCAGGCAGUGUUUUUCUGGACAGUGUUAAGGGGCUGGGCCCAGAUGUUCGACUGAAGGAGAGCAACGUCAGUCCAGCUCAGAGUGCUAUUGCUGAACACAGACCUCGCAACACCCCGUUUAUGGGGAUCAUGGAUAAAACUGCGAGGUUUCAGCAGCAAAGCACUCAGUCCAGUCGCACAUGGCACUCUCAGGCACUGGAUGGAGCACCAGCAACCGCUGCCUCCUGGGGCACUCAAUCCUCAGGCUUUGAGCAGUUCUCAGUCAAACACUACCAGACUAAACCUGCCUCUGCUGGGUCUGCCUCAGGGGAUGGCAGCCAGAACGGUGUGCAAGCAAAGGAACGUGAGGAGCUCCAGUGCCGCUGCCAGGACCACAGAGCACCCAAACAACCUCCUCGUUUACACCUGGAGGUGGCAUCAAACCAGCAGCCUCACGUCAGUAAGGACGUCAGUCCUGUCCCAUCUGCAAAGCCAAAGCGAUCGUUCAUCGAAUCCAAUGUAUAA